CGGAGGGUCGGACGUCCUUCGGAAACAGCCAUUCUGAGAGUGUCCCAGAAAACAAGACAGCAGCGGAUAAGUUGGACAACUGUGCUGAGGCCGCUGCGCACAACUGUUCGUCUGUUCUCCUCUUGACUAAAACCCUUUCAAACAAAACCUGUGAAAUCUUACGAGAAGAGAAGCAGAGGGACAAACGACGCCGAGGUGGGCCACCUGAUCCAGGGAGAGGGAUUUAUUAUCCUCCUGUCUUCCUGAUGGAGUCGUACAGAGUGACUGGCAUUCCCGACAAUGGAACGCAGCGGGUCCACACUCAGCAGUCCCGCUCCUCCAGGCCCCAAAGUAAUGGAGCUGGGAAAUACGGUCUCAGCAUCCGCGUCCAGGGUAUAGAUGGACACCCCUAUGUAGUCCUCAACAACCAGGAAAAGGGUCCUCAACCCUAUAUCGACCCGAACAGUAAUGGGUACAUUGACGCAGAGGGCUCUUUUAUUGAGAACUACCAGGAGUAUGAUUUCAAAGGAGGCAAGGAGGCAGGAUCCGACAGCCCCUUCAUGGAGUACAGGUCUCAGAAGAUGACGCAUAAUGCUGGUACUCAAAAUGGUGACUCAGAUUCACAAGGAAAGAAGUCAUCCGCCCUUCUGAACUUUCAGAAGCACCCUGAGCUCCUGCAGCCUUAUGAUCCAGAUAGCAACUCUCUCAACAUUGGAGGUUUCCACAGCCUGCCUUCAAGGCCUGUGGUUGAGACUGGGAAUGAACACCGCAGUCUCUCAUCUAAAUCCAUUGAACCUGCUCCGUCCAACACCAGGUCAUCGAGCAUGGAUCGUAAUAAAGCUCCUGUGUCGCAAGAGAAAAGACAACUUCCAUCCCAGAGUCUGAGUGAGAGAGCGCCUCCAAAGCCAAGAACACAGCCUCAGUCUGUGCCUCUGGCCCAGCCUCAGACCAAGCCACAAUCACAAACACCUCAGCCACAGUCCAGAUCUCGUGUCCCCAACGUGAAUCCACCUCAGUCCAAGCCGGCCUCCAAAACUCUGCACCAGCCUGUGCUUCCAGCCCAGCCUCAGCCCUCUGCUGUGUCAAGUCCCACGAGUGAUGGUGGGCAGAGCAAGACCUCUUGCAGAUCUCCCAGUUCCAUGAGCAGCACCAACUCCAGCCUUGAGCGGGCCCGCCGCGAGCCUGAUGUCCUUCCUCUACGCAGGACGGACUCCAGUGGCCCAGUUCUCCAGUCCUCUUCCCGUUCCCGUCACUCCUCAUCAUCCUCCAGCUCUAAGGCUCUGGUGGAUGAACAGAUGGAGGCUCUGUAUGCAGACAGCAUCAACCGCCAUGAGAACCGACGCUACAUCCCCUUCCUCCCUGGAUCAGGCAGAGACAUCGACACAGGCUCCAUCCCUGCCGUUGAUGAACUCAUUGAGAAGUUUGAUGGCAAAGACGGCAGCCACCACCACAGGGGCAGGGCUGGGCGCCGGAACAGGAUCAAUCCAGAGGACCGCAAACGCUCCCGCAGUGUUGAUAGUGCCCUUGGCCUGCGAGCUGGCUCCAGCUACAUGGACGAGUUUAGCCGCAGUCCAGGCACAUCAGUGGAGCAUGUCCUGAGGCCUUCACAGCUCCGGCUGCAGAAAACAGCGGGCAGUCAGGAAUCCGGGAUCAUGUCUGUAGAUGGUAAGGUCGACUCCAGGGCUUCAUCUCGCGUCACCAGCGCGCCCGGCUCACCACAGAGCACCGUCUCUAAAGGUCUUGGCUACAUCCAGGGCUACAAAAAGCCACAGACUCGCUCCUCAUUUCCAUUCAAUAGUAAAGAGAGUGAGGACAGUGCCUCUUCAGCUGGAAAGAUUUUGACGACAUCAGUGUCAACGUCGCUAUCCAAACCUUCUGCGACCACUGCAGCCAAGAAACCCAGUACAGAUGCAGAUGUUCAGGCGACACCUGAUCUUCUGAAAGGUCAACAAGAGCUGUCACAACAAACACAUGAAGAAACAGCCAAACAAAUUCUGUUCAGUUACCUUAAGGAUGGAAGCAGCGAUAACGAUGAAACGACAAAGAGAAAGGUCAACCUGGUCUUUGAGAAGAUACAGACGUUGAAGUCUCGGGCCACUACGAGUGCACAAGGCGACAACAAAUCGCUGGACGUCUCGGCACAGACCAAAGCUCUGCAGGAACAAAACGACGAACUGGAGAAAGAAAUGGUCCAAGUCAAGAGACAACUUGAGGAUCAAACCACGAGGAGUCAGGGGGACAGGAGGACAGCAGCACGGUUGAAGGAUCUGCAACAGGAACUGGAGUGGAGCUUAGAGGAGUGCAAGCGUCUGAAGGCAAAACUGACCAAAACUGAGACUGAGCUGCAGAACACAGUCGAAGAGCUGUUCCAGGUGAAGAUGGAGAGGGAGCAGUACCAGACAGAGAUCAGAGACCUGCAGGACCAGCUGUCGGAGAUGCACGACGAGCUCGACUCGGCCAAGAAGUCAGCAGACGAUGGAGAGAAAGACAUCAUGAUGGCGGACAUGAUGCAGCUGAAGGUGGACAUACAGGAAGUUCUCCUGGCCAAAGAGGAGCAGGAGGAAGUGCUGAGGAGGCGAGAGAGGGAGCUGACAGCGCUGAAAGGAGCCCUGAAGGAGGAAGUUGCUGCUCAUGAUCAGGAGGUAGACAAGAUGAGGGACCAGUAUGAGAAGGAAAUGAGCAGGCUCCAGACAUCUUUGGAGGAGGCCAAGCAGAGCAGCGCAGCAGUGGUCCGUGAGAAGGCUGAAGUGGAGGCAGCCAAGGGUGCAGUGGAGGGCCAGGCAGGACGGCUGACCCAGGAGUUCGAGCGGCUGCGCAGGCGAGCACAGGAGCUGGAAAACGAGGUGGCCAAACUCAACCGCAUCAUCGAUGAAUCCAAGCUACAUGAGAGCAGGCUGGGAGACAGAGCCAGCAGGCUGGAGAGAGAGAAAAAGCAAUUUGAAGAGUCACUGGCAGAAAUUAAGGAGCAAGAAGAGGAGAUGUCGCGCGCCAACAGAGCACUGACCCUGCGGCUGGAGGAUGUGCAGAGGAACCUGACAAAAAUGAGCGGUGAACACAAGGAUUUGGAGGAGCGGUUACAAGAGGAGAAGACUCAGAAGGAGCAGUUCAAGAACAUGAAGAACAACAUCGAGGAUGAGAGGAGGCUGCUGGACCGAACAGUGGACAAACUUCAGAAGGAGAUGAAUGAUAUUGUGGAUGCGUCCCAGUCGUCCACUCGGGAGCUGCAGGAGCAGAUUGAUAUUUAUAAAGAGAAGAACCGUCGGGAGCUGACAGAGCUGCAGAGGCUGCUGAAGGAGCGAGGGCAGGAGCUGGACAAGUACCUGUUGGUGACCAAAACCCUGCAGGAAGAGGUGUCACGCCGUGAGGAGGACAUCCGGCAGUGUCAGAGGGAACGAGAUGAGGCUGAGCUCCGGGCGAAGACGCUGGAGAACCAGGUUCACGAUCUGGAGGCGGAGACUGAGACCAACGCUCACGCUAAAGACGACAAGACGCGACACGUCAAAAUCUUGGAGGAAAGGGUUUCUCAACUGGAGUUGGACCUGGCUGAAGAGCAUCAAAGUGGAGACCAGCUGAUGAACAGGAUCGACCGAGGAAGAGAGCAGGUGGAGCAGAUGAGGAAUGAACUCCUGCAGGAGAGAGCUAGCAGACAGGACCUGGAGUGUGACAAGAUGGCUCUGGAGAGACAGAAUAAAGACCUGAAGAGUCGAGUGUCUCAUAUGGAGGGCUCCCAGAAGUCCAACAAAGAGGGCCUGGUAGCACAGCUGGAGGAUCGCGUACAGGAGCUGGAGGAGAGGCUGGAGGGAGAGGAAAGGGAGCGUGCCAACCUGCAGCUGGUCAACCGACGACUAGAAAGGAAGGUUAAAGAGACGAUGAUGAGUGUUGAAGAAGAGCAUAACUCGAUGCAAGAUCAGAAGGACCAGCUGAAUCUACGUCUAAAGGCCCUGAAGAGGCAGAUGGACGAGGCUGAGGAGGAGAUCGACCGACUGGAGCACGGCAAGAAGAAGCUGCAGAGAGACCUGGACGAGCAGCAGGAGUCCAACGAGCAGCUCCAGAGUCAGCUCAAAGCUCUGAGGAGCGAGAUCAGGCGUAAGAGCAGCUCCGCUCCGCUGCUCAACACUCUGGACGACGAUGACGACGACGACGACAUCAGCACUGACGGGGAGACCUACUUCAGCUCGUCGUCCGGGUACAAACGUUCCUCCAGUCAGGACAACAUCCUGUCCACCUUCGCUUUGUAAACGAGCUCUGAGUGGGAGAACGAAGCUGCUUUAUAUGCAUCGCUGUUGGACCAAACAGCUGGAGAACAGCUGGAACUGUAGCUCACACUAGAAAAUCUGCCUAAAUAUUCCGAGACUUUCCAGCUAAGUGAGAUGAUUUGAAACAUUGUUUGCAAAAUUGUCCUGGUAUUAGAUCUGCGUACAGUCUCCACGUCCAUACAUUUACUCAGUAUUAUUUGAGCAGCUCUGAGUCUCGGUGUGUUAUUCUGUCCAGUAGAAAUGAAAUGUACAUACUGAUUAAUUUGAUAAUUUUACAUUCAGUCAGUGGAUUUCCCUUUUGUUAAUUAAGUGGAAGGACACACGCUUGUCUAUAAUGAUUUUCGCCUUAGUAGACUUGAACGCGCUCCCUUUAAUGCACUGUAAUACAACAAAAUCAGUUCUGCCUUUGUGAACAAUAUGAAGAUAUUAACACUUACUUUUUUAUGCCUAUCAACUAUGUUAAAUUUACAUACAGUAUCUGAAUAUACAUUUUUGUAUCAUUUGUUUAGAUAAAAUAUAUUUAGCUUUUUUAAUGAAUGAAGAGCAAAUCCAAAAAUAUGAAGUGAGGACCAGGAUGUUUGUUUUUAUUUAUUCAUGGUUGAAAACCGCUCAGUGAGGUUUAUAGGGAGAGAUAAUUGAGGGACUUUGUACACAUGCAUUUUUAUACAGUGAAUAUGAUUGAUGUAAUACUGGAGCUCCAUUCAGUUGUUAUCAACAGAAAUGAUUUGUAAUCUACCACACAGGUUACUACUGAUAUCAGUGACAUCACAGGAUUGUUUAUACAUCUACUGGAAAAGGCUGCUUCAUGUGGCUGACUUCACUUUAUUUUUUAUGAUGGAAUUAACAGUUACAACACUGAACGAAGCUGCAAACAUCAAAACCAUUUCAUCUCUGAAGACCUUUUUUAUACUGGACACACUUUUUAAUGUAACUUGUAUCUCUGGUGAUUUCUGUCUCGAAUGGAUGAAGUUUUAAUACUCAACAUGAUGUAAGUCUUUAACCUCUGGUGUGCGUUUGAGCUGUGCCACUCUGUACAUAUCCCAAGACCAUACACAAUGUGGACCUCCUCACAUUUAUUCUUUUUAACAGACUGAGGGAAUUUCUUUCUUCAGAUGAGAUAAACUGACAAUCGAUGUUUUUGCUCCGAUGUGAUGAUUUGCACUCUCUGUUCUCGAUUCUGACGUCACGUCUGACGCCUGCGGAGGGGGGGGGAGAGGAUUGAAACGAAUUCCUGCCGCUACCUCUCUGUACACAUUUGUUCAUAAAUGUUCCUAAAUCCUGCUGAGACUAAAAUAAAGUUACUUUCAUUUA